AUGGGAAAUGAGCACACUGAAUACACUGGCGAGGCUGAUGUCCCUGUUGAGGCUAUUCAAAUAAUUGAUCCAGAGGUCGUCAAAAAGCUUCCACCAAACACGACAGUUCACAGUGUGACUCCCCAUGGAGCUAGCUUUUGGACUCGUACGGCUAGACUGAGUGCAGUCACGGAUAGCAAACCCACAUCCUAUAGAGAACUUGGACGCGGUAUGAUGUCGGGGGAAUUCACUUCAAUGAGUGCAAUCUACUCCGUUACUCCACAUUUGGUUCCAAGGCCGAUUGCAUGGGGGUCUUACUCAACUCUACAAGACGUUCACUUCUUCUUGUGCGAGUUCCGCAACAUGACAGACGAGUUACCUGAUAUCGACACUUUCCCAGUCCAAAUGGCAGAGCUACACCGAAAUGGAAAGUCGCCGGACGGGAAAUUCGGCUUCUACGUGACAACAUACCAUGGCAACACUCCCAUUGAUCACGGUUGGUCUGAUUCGUGGGAAGAAUACUUCACCAGGACCACUCGAGUCCUUUUACAAAUGGAGCAAGAAGUUCAGGGCCCAAAUGAGGAAAUUCUUGAGCUUUCAAAACCCUUUCUAGAAAUGGUAGUGCCGCGUCUUCUUCGGCCUCUCGAAACCGAUGGCCGUUCUAUCCAGCCCGCUCUCAUCCAUGGGGAUUUGUGGCAUGGGAAUGCUACGAUGGAUGGAGAUAAUGAUACACCUGUUAUAUUCGAUGCUGCAUGCUUCUAUGCGCACAAUGAGUAUGAGCUCGGCGUGUGGAGACAACCCUGGAACAAAAUUAAGAAGCCGUAUCGGACCAAGUAUUACCUGCAUUUUCCAAGAUCUCAGCCGGUGGAAGACUUUGACGAUCGCAAUGCGCUUUAUGCGACCCGUGUCAACAUUCUAGAUUCUAUACUCUACAAGGGCGAUGAUAGCUAUCGUGAGAUGCUUCUCGCUUCAAUGAGGGGCCUGGUACACAAGUUUCCGGGUGGCUACGAAGAAUGGAAAAUAGGACAGGGCGCAUCAGAAGGACAAAAAUCGACAAGUCAGAUUGCAAUAACCCAAAACCAGAAAUUGUGA